GGCGCGUCUGGCAUCCAACACGACCGUAUCGACAUGCCUAGCAAGAAGAAGAAGGUAGUCAAGUUCUCCGAAUUGCUGGAAGGGAAGACUCUCCAAGAGGUCGCAACCGAAACCGCAGGCGGAAACGGUCCUGCAGCUAGCCAGUCCGGGUCAGGCAGACAACCUCCUGCUCCCAGCCCGUCCUUCUUUCCUUUGGCGCGUUACACGUCCAUUGUGGGCGUCCAUACAUCUUUGCUGUCUUUCUCGGCUCUCUUUCUUCCUCGGACGACUUUCCUACCGGGUCUUCGGCCACUUUGGACCGCUCUAGGGGUAGACGUCCGAGCACAAUCACAGACGCGGAGCGCAGAUCGUCCGGAGCACCCGUUCUUCACGUCUCUGACAUCUCACCCUGCGCUUACUCUCCUUUGGCUGUGUGUUGGGGCUGGGAUAUUGCAAGCAUGGUGGGGCGGAUGGAUCAGGCAGUGGGCUCUGGAGUAUAAGGGGGAAGUCGAGAGCGACGAGGAAAAGGUGGACAGAAAGAACCAACGGUGGAACACAGCAACGAUCACUGCGUUAUAUGACGCGUGGGUAGCAACUCUUGCAUGCUCCGCGCUGUUCUUCGUUGUCAUCGUCCUAUUCGGCGCUCCUAUGACGAGUCAUCUUUUACAUACUUUCCUCCUCUCGUUGUUGUUCUCUCUUCUCGCCGCAUUCCCCGCCGCCUAUACAAUUGGCUCUCCUAUACCAUCAAACCCCCAGUCUUUAGUCAAGCGCUUCAACUGGGUUCGACUUUUUGCGGAACUUUCACCACGUAACCCAAUCGAACGUACGCUGGUAUACCCUGCUAUUGGCGCAGCGGUAGGAUGCUGGGCGGCCGUUGUACCGCUCGCCCUGGAUUGGGAUCGCCCGUGGCAGGCGUACCCCCUUCCGCCCGCCUACGGCACACUGCUAGGGUAUGUCGCCGGUAUGCUUGCAGCCUUGUCGGUGAACUCUCUGCACUUUCUGGCCGAGCAGGAUCAGGGCAGGAGGGUGCAAGCCAAGCGAAGCCAAUGACGAUCCUCCUUAGCAUCUCUAGUUCGGUCUAUAGAGUUUCGCUGUUGGCAAAACAUGCUACCGUUAUCGCUGCCUGCCUGGAUCAGUCCUGGCCGUCCGCAUUGGAUUGCAAUGUUUGGAACAAAGACGUCAUGCACUCGGACGACUGUGACCACCACCAGCGCCUCCGACCGCGAAGUGU